AUGAUGCACCCUUCGAGACAAGCGUUUGUGGAGGACCAUCCCAUGGAAGAGGAUAGGGGAGGGUUGACCCUUGAUCAAGUUCCCAAUGACUAUAAUUAUGACCUCGGCACAGGCGAGAAUGCAUCGGCGCUGCUGUCCCAGUUCGAACGCAAGCGCAUGGCGGCGCGUCUUGCCGUCCCGACCAACGAUGAAGCAAUCAAGGCCAUGCUUCGCGAGAGAGGGCUGCCCAUCACCCUUUUCGGCGAGAACAACCCUGCAGACCGCCGCGAGAGGCUGAGAGAGACCUUGGCCGAUGAGGCUGAGCGAGCAAAGGCUCAAGGCCAGGAGGGAGUCGAUAUUGAGAUGGAUGAUGCCGCGGACGAGGAAGAUGACGAGGAGCAAGAAGAAGAGUACUACACGCGAGGGAACGACGAACUGCUCCAAUCCCGUGUCGAGAUCGCAAAGUACUCGCUGCCAAGGGCAAAACGACGAGUUCAAUUCCAACGGCAAGAGGCCAAGAUACCCCUGCGAACGCACGUCAAACACCGGAAGCAAAUCAGAGAGCAACUACAGGAUUUCGAGCUGCAAAGCUCACAGGUCGGGGGACAAAGGUAUCUGAGCGUCGUCAGGCUGGCACCACAAGGGCAGCUGUGCGCGACAGGCGACUGGGGCGGCAGCUUGAAGGUUGUCUCCACGCCUGAUCUGGAAGUGAGGAAGACGCUGAGGGGCCACACGUCGAAGAUAGGUGGAAUCGACUGGCUCCCUGGACUCACAUCUCUAGAGAGCGACACGGCCCAGCUGGCAUCAUCUUCAGCAGAGGGCGCAGUCCACUUAUGGUCACUCCAAAAAGUUACGCCCCUUUCUACAUUAUCUCAGCCGGGUGGGGCAAAGGUGAACAAGAUCGGAUUCCAUCCGUCGGGCCGCUAUCUGGCUACAGCGUGCGAAGACACGACGUGGAAGCUCUACGACAUAGCGACCGGCAGCGAGCUCCUGUCCCAGGAGGGGCAUUCGAGGGCGGUCAUGACGGUCAGCUUCCAGUCUGAGGGUGCCCUGGUUGCAACAGCAGGUAUGGACAGCAUCGGCAGAAUCUGGGACCUUCGAAGCGGCCGCACGAUCAUGCUUUGCGAAGGCCACAUCCAACCCAUAACGUCCUCGAGUUGGAUAGAUGGGCAUCGGGUAUUAUCCGCCUCCUUGGACGGCUUCGUGAAGGUCUGGGACGUGCGCAAGGUCGCGCAGGGUGGAAAUCUGGCCGGCAACACAUCGGGAGUGACAGAUGUACGUGUGUUCAGGGGCCUUGAUGACCCUGUGGAGGGCGAGGCGCCCGGACAAGAUGAAAAAGGGGCACAGAUACCGAAGAAAUCUGCGACCUUCUUUGCGACUUGUGGCUUUGAUCGGAAGGUCAACGUCUACUCGAUGGAUGAUUAUUCCCUCAUCAGCUCGCUCGAGUCGCACACGGCGCCAGUGAGCUCGGUUGACAUUUCAAGGGACGGAAAAUGGAUUGUGUCCGGCAGCCACGACAGGACAAUCAAACUCUGGGCUCGCAAUGAGAUGGAGCCGUUGUAA